AUGACGAUAACAAUAACAACAACCAAUAAUAAUAAUAAUAAUUUUGAAGAAACAAAUGAUGAAAUAAAUAUAAAUAUAAUAAAAUCAUUAACGAAUCCAAAUGAAGAAAAAGAAAUUACAAAUAAACAACUAUUACAAAUCAUUACUAAUAAUUCAAUAGAAAAAAUCAUAAAUAAAUAUAAAGAUAAAAUAAUAAACUACCAAUUUAAUGAUUUUAUUAAUAAAGAAAAUAAAUCAUAUCCAAUUGUAUACUUUUCAGAGAUUCAAUUAUUUUUAAUUCAAAAUAUUAAAAAUUUAAAUUGGUAUUUCUAUAAUAAUAAUAAAAAUAAUAAAAAUAAUAAUAAUAAUAAUAAUAAUAUUAAUAAUAAUAAUAAUAUUAAUAAUUUAAUACCGUCAAUAGCAAUAACAAUUUUAAUAUCAUUAAAUAAUAAUAAUAAUGAAAUUAAAACAUUUAUAAAUUACCAAAUUGGUUCAUUUAAAAAUAAUAAUAAUAAUUAUGAUAAUGGUUCAUUUAUAGCAAAUGAAUUUAAAAAGACAUUUAAUGAAUUAUCAGAUUAUUAUUAUAUAGUAAAUAAAUCAUUUAAUAAAUGUUGUUUAGAGUUUAUAAAAUAUAUUAGAAAUCAUGAAUAUCAAGGUACUUUUGAAAUUCAUGUUUCAGUUGAUUCGAAAUCAUCUUUAAAACAACAACAACAACAACAACAACAACAACAAGAAGAAAAAGAGGAAGAAGAAAAAGAGCAGCAACUUGACAAUAAUAAUAAUAAUAAAUAUAUUGAGGAAUUUAAAGAAUUUUGUAAAGAAAAUAAAUUAAAAUCAAUUUUAAUUGAAUUAUCGAAAGGUGAAUUUUCAAAUCAAAUGAUGACAUCAUCACAUCAUCAUUCAGCUGAUUUAUUUAGUGUUCAAUUGAAAGCUUAUGAAAUUGCUUUCAAUUUAUUGGUAAAAGGUUAUAAUGUUUCAAGAUUAAAAAUUGAAAUUUUAGCAUCAUGUACUGGUGUACCUGAAUCAAUUGAAAAACAUUUACAAUUAUCACCUUCAAAUUAUUUUGAAUUUCAUAUAAAAUUAUUAUUACCAAUUUUAAAUAAUAAUAAUAAUGAAAAUAAUUAUAAUAAUAAUGAAAUUAUUAAUGGUAAUUUAAAUUUAUUAAAAGAAAUUAUGAAUAAACAUAAUGGUCAUUUAUCAAGAAACUCGUUCAAAAUUUCUUUAGAUGAAAAAUUUGCUGAAAGAUUUGUAACUUUAAGAAUGUAUUCAAUUGGUAGAGAUAUUGCAACUGAUAGAUUCGAAUCUUGUAAAAAUGAAUUAUUAUUUAAUAAUUUUAAAAUAUCAACUUCACACAGAGAAUAUUCAAUCUAUGAUUCAAAUAUUAAUUUAGAUAUUGGUUGGAUUGAAUAA